GAGUGUGCUGUGCAUUGUUGUAUCUGGGAUGGGAGAAUGUGAUCUAAUGGUUAAUUAAAAGCACCUUGUUUCUUUCGGAAUGAAAAUCUGAAUGAGGAGGAGAAAAAAGAACAGAUCCUUUUCGUAUCCCAGCAUUAUGAUGUUUGUAGGCUGUGGGUCCUAACAAAUUGUAGCUGACAAAAUACAGGAGUUUUAAUAACACACCCAAAGCAAAUGAUUGUGCUUAAUAUUAAAGCAACAGAUUAUCCUCAAGAAGUUACUAUUAAAAGCUUUCUGACCUGAAUGGCCUAGUGGAAAUAUCUUUCUAGGCCAUUCAGGUCAUAGGCUUGAAGGUGCAUCUGCAUCCCUCUUUCCUUGUAGGGAAGAAGAUGAUUGAUGUGGCUGCAGGCUCCACCCACUGCCUGGCUCUGACUGAGGACAGCGAGGUCCACAGCUGGAGGAGCAACGACCAGUGCCAGCACUUUGACACGUUGCGCGUGACCAAGCCAGAACCUGCAGCAUUGCCAGGACUGGACGCCAAACACAUAGUGGGAAUUACAUGUGGGCCUGCCCAGAGCUGUGCUUGGUCAUCGUGUUCUGAGUGGUCCAUUGGCCUCCGUGUCCCUUUGGGGGUAGACAUUUGCUCAGUGACUUUUGAGCAGCUGGAUCUCCUGCUGCAGCAGGUGAGUGAGGAGAUGGACGGCUCCGUGGACUGGCCGCCACCCCAGGAGAAAGAGUGCAUGGCCGUGGCAACGCUGAAUCUUCCACGACUUCAGUUGCAUGCUGCCAUUAGUCACCAGGUUGACCCGGAAUUCCUUGGUUUAGGUCUGGGCAGCGUCCUCCUGAACAGCCUGAAGCAGACGGUGGUGACCCUGGCCAGCAGCACAGGCGUGCUGAGCACCGUGCAUUCAGCCUCCCAGGCCAUGCUGCAGAGCGGCUGGUCCCUGCUGCUGCCCACCGCUGAGAAGCAGGCCUGGGCGCUCUCUGCUCUCCUGCCCUGCGCAGUUCAGUUUCAGGCAAUGAAGUGAACAUAAGUCCAGGUCGUCGAUUCAUGAUUGAUCUUCUGGUGGGCAGCUUGAUGGCUGCUGGAGGGUUGGAGUCAGCCUUACACGCAGCCAUUACUGCAGAGAUCCCAGGAUAUUGAAGCCAAAAAAGAAGCACAGAAGGAAAAAGAAAUUGAUGAACAGGAAGCAAAUGCCUCAGCAUUUCAUAGAAGCAGGACUCCAUUGGAUAAAGACCUUAUUAAUACAGGGAUCUGUGAGUCUUCUGGCAAACAGUGUUUGCCUCUGGUUCAGCUCAUACAACAGCGUCUUAGGUAAAUCGUAUUAGCUGUAUUGUAUUGUGUUUUAUUUAUUUACUUUUUUUUGUAUUUUUGAGACAGAGUUUCACUCUUGUUGCCCAGGCCGGAGUGCGGUGGCGCGAUCUUGACUCACCGCAACCUCCGCCUCCCAGGUUCAAGUAAUUCUCCUGCCUCAGCCUCUCGAGCAGCUGGGAUUACUGGCGUGCGCCACUACGCCCCACUAAUUUUGUAGUUUUAGUAGAGAUGGGGUUUCUUCAUGUUGGUCAGGCUGGUCUUGAACUCCCGACCUCAGGUGAUCCACCCACCUUGGCCUCCCAAAAUGUUCGGAUUACAGGCAUUAGCCACCACGCCUGGCCUAUUUAUUUUACUUACUAACUUUUUUUUUUUUUUUUUGUGAUGGAGUCUCUCUCUAUCGUCCAGGCUGGAGUGCAGUGUCAACGAUCUUGGCUCACUGCAACCUCCACCUCCUGGGUUCAAGCUAUUCUCCUGCCUCAGCCUCCCGAGUAGCUGGGACUAGAGGUGUCUGCAACCACACCUGACUCAUUUUUGUGUUUUUAGUAGAGAUGGGGUUUUACCAUAUUGGUCAGGCUGGUCUCAAACUCCUGACCUCAGGUGAUCCACCUGCCUUGGCCUUUCCAGAUGUUGGGAUUACAGGCGUUAGCCACUGUGCCUGGCCUGUAUUGAAUUUUAAUAGGUGAUUAUUGGUUUUCAUAUUAAGAUAGUGAAAUCCAGCACGAGGAUCUCAAAACUUUGUUUGGUGAUUGAAGGAAUAUUCUGAAAAUUACCUAGUAUAGAUUUUAGGGUAAAGAGCAGACCCUUUUAAAUAUAGGUGAGAGGAGAAGUUGGAGGGCGAGGGCAUGAUGAUGUUCAAAAGUUUUUCCAGAAGAGAAAUUGGGUGUGCAGUAAACCUGUAAAAAGAUUCUUGCUAACAAGCAGGUGGAUGUAAAUGAAAAUCAUCAUGAAAGGUUAUUUUUAAAACUGAUUGUAUCAUUGCCUCACUUCAUAUAUUACAGAGUUAUACAUACUACUUUGUAAGAUAACUUUUCCUUUCAAAACCAAAGUCAAUGUGAAAGAAUGGUGAGCAUUGUUUUGGAAGGCCCGACUAGGAGGAGGUGGGAAGAAGUCAGACUCAGCCUGUGAACAGAGACUAACUUUAGCAGAAGCCAAAACAGUCAGACAGUGUUGUCUAAAAAUGAUCAUUCAAGAAGAGUGAAAAAACAAGGUGAUUUGUGAAAGAGAUUUAUUAGAAAAUGAAACACAUAUGUACCUCUGUUUAAUAAAAAUCUGCUUUUUGUCA